AUGAUUAUAUCACCCACGUACGUUUGGAACGAAAAAAUCGGGAAUGUUUUAUUUUUCACACAAUUUAUACAACGCACAUUCCUAUCUAUCUAUCUAUCUAUCUAUCUAUCUAUCUAUCUAUCUAAUUCUAUUCAUAAUUCUAUUCAUACCUAUCUAUCUCAGUCUGUUCAAAUCAAACAUUUUAUCUAUCUAUCUAUCUAUCUAUCUAUCUAUCUAUCUAUCUAUCUAUCUAUCUAUCUAAUUCUAUUCAUACCUAUCUAUCUCAGUCUGUUCAAAUCAAACAUUUUAUCUAUCUCGGUUCAAAUCUGUCUAUCUAUUUAUCUAUCUAUCUCAGUCUGUUCAACUCACUCUAUCUAUCUAUCUAUCUAUCUAUCUAUCUAUCUAUCUAAUUCUAUUCAUACCUAUCUAUCUCAGUCUGUUCAAAUCAAACUUUUUAUCUAUCUCUAUUCAACCCUAUCUAUCUGUCUAUUCAAAUCUCUCUGUUCAAUCUCUAUACAAACUUAUCUAUCUCAGUCUGUUCAACUUAAUCUAUCUAUCUAUCUAUCUAUCUAUCUAUCUAUCUAUCUAUCUAUCUAUCUAUCUAUCUGUUCCAAUCUGUCUGUCUAUCUAUCUAUCUAUCUAUCUAUCUAUCUAUCUAUCUGUUCCAAUCUGUCUGUCUAUCUAUCUAUCUAUCUAUCUGUUCCAAUCUGUCUGUCUAUCUAUCUAUCUAUCUAUCUAUCUAUCUGUUCCAAUCUAUCUAUCUAUUUAUCUAUCUCAGUCUGUUCAACUCACUCUAUCAAUCUGUUCCAAUCUAUCUAUCUAUUUAUAUAUCUCAGUCUGUUCAACUCUAUCUAUCUGUUCCAAUCUAUCUAUCUAUCUAUCUCAGUCUGUUCAAAUCAAACUUUUUAUCUAUCUCUAUUCAACUCUAUCUAUCUGUCUAUUCAAAUCUCUCUGCUCAAUCUAUCUCUAUACAAACUUAUUUAUCAGUCUGUUCAACUUAAUCUAUCUAUCUAUCUAUCUAUCUAUCUAUCUAUCUAUCUAUCUAUCUAA